CCCGCCGAGGGCUUUGCGCCGGGUGCUGGGGAGAUGCUGAGCCUCAUGGAGGUCGGCGGGUCCUUGCUGGAGCGGGUGGCCGUUGGAAACCCUAUCUCCCUGCUGCUGGCCGCCUCUGCCUUCGCACUGAGCCUCGGUUACCUAUUCCAGCUGGGCUACCGGCGACACAUCGCGUCCGAUCGGAGGAAAUACCCACCUUAUAUUCCAUCCAGCAUCCCUUUCCUUGGACAUGCAGUUGCCUUUGGAAAAAGUCCCAUUGAAUUUCUGGAAAAUGCUUAUGACAAGUACGGACCUGUAUUCAGUUUCACUAUGGUUGGCAAGACAUUCACAUACUUACUGGGUAGUGAUGCUGCUGCUCUCCUCUUCAACAGUAAAAAUGAAGAUCUAAAUGCAGAGGAUGUCUACUCUCGCUUAACCACGCCGGUGUUUGGCAAGGGAGUUGCUUACGACGUCCCCAACGCGAUAUUUUUGGAACAGAAGAAGAUGCUCAAAACUGGGCUAAAUAUUGCCCAGUUUAAACAGCACGUGACUGUGAUUGAAGAAGAAACAAAGGAGUAUUUCAAAGCCUGGGGAGAGAGUGGAGAGAAAAACCUGUUUGAAGCCCUUUCAGAGCUGAUCAUUUUGACAGCAAGUCACUGCUUGCAUGGGAAGGAGAUCAGAAGCCUGCUGACUGCCAAGGUGGCUCAGCUCUACGCUGAUCUGGAUGGGGGCUUCACUCAUGCUGCCUGGCUGCUGCCAGGCUGGCUGCCUUUGCCCAGCUUCAGGCGCCGAGACCGAGCGCACAGAGAGAUCAAGAACAUUUUCUACAAGGUCAUCCAGAAACGCCGAGAGUCCGAGGAAAAGGAGGAUGACAUGCUCCAAACGCUGCUUGAUGCUGCCUACAAGGAUGGCCGGCCGCUGACGGAUGAUGAGAUUGCCGGGAUGCUCAUCGGGCUGCUGCUGGCAGGGCAGCACACAUCCUCUACCACCAGUGCCUGGCUUGGCUUCUUCAUAGCCAGGGACAAAGCCAUCCAGGAGCAGUGCUAUGCAGAGCAAAAAGCAGUCUGUGGGGAUGACUUGCCACCCUUAACUUAUGACCAGCUGAAGGAUCUUAGUUUGCUGGAUCGCUGUCUAAAAGAAACUUUAAGGCUUAGACCUCCUAUCAUGACCAUGAUGAGAAUGGCCAAGACUCCCCAGACUGUUGCUGGAUAUGACAUUCCCCCCGGCCAUCAGGUCUGUGUGUCUCCCACUGUUAACCACAGACUGAGGGACUCCUGGAAAGAUGCUCUGGACUUCAAGCCUGACCGGUACCUGCAAGAGAACCCAGCAGCUGGGGAGAAGUUUGCAUAUGUUCCAUUUGGUGCUGGCCGUCACCGCUGCAUUGGAGAGAACUUUGCUUACGUGCAGAUUAAGACCAUUUGGUCCACUCUGCUUCGCCUGUACGAGUUUGACCUUGUCAAUGACUAUUUCCCAACCAUAAAUUACACCACGAUGAUCCACACCCCCAAUAACCCCAUUAUCAGGUACAAGAGGAGGUCACUGUAAAUUGGGGAGCUCAAGGUGUCACUUACUUAAGUUGUGUCAACUAACAAAACAGACUUUUGAAUAAAACCCUGACAAAAUGAGUGGCAAAUGGAAACUUUGGUGCCUGCAGGUAGGAAAACAACCACAACACUCUACCAAGUGCAGACAGUUUGGGCAUCUGGUUUGUCUGUUUGCCCCUAGCCUUGAAUGGUG